ACAAUGUACAUAAUGGGUUUAGAAGAUGAGUUUGCAGAAGCUCGCAAAUGGAUAAGUGAAUCACUUAACUUUAAUAUUAAUCGCGACGUUAACCUUUUUGAAGUCACCAUACGGGUAUUAGGUGGUUUACUAUCCACUUAUCAUUUAAGCGGUGAUAAAAUUUUUCUUAAAAAAUCGAUUGAACUUACUAACCGUUUAUUGCCGAGUUUUCUAACAUUAUCCGGUAUACCUUAUUCAGACGUCAACUUAGCUACCUUGACGGCACACGCUCCAAAAUGGGAACCUGACAGCUCUACGAGUGAAGUUACUUCCCUUCAAAUGGAGUUCCGGGACAUAAGCCGCAUCACAAAUGUUUCAUUAUACGAAAGAGUUGUCCAGCGAGUUAACGAAAAAGUUCACCUUUUAGAAAAGGAUAAAGGUUUGGUACCAAUUUUCAUUAAUGCCGAUACUGGAAAUUUUAGGAAAUUCGCUACUAUUUCUUUGGGAGCUCGCGGGGAUUCCUAUUAUGAAUACUUAUUGAAGCAAUGGAUACAAACGGGCCGUAAGGAAAAUGAUUUUCUGCUCACUGACUACCUUAGGUCGAUAGAUGGCAUAUUUUCUAAAUUGUUGAAAAGAACACCAAAGGACAAUCAUGUCUACAUUGGUGAACUGAUCGAUGGUAAAAAUUUCAAACCAAAAAUGGAUCAUUUAACUUGUUAUCUUCCGGGUGCACUGCUAUUGGGUCAUCAUUUCGGUUUACCUGAUUCUCAUAUGCUUUUGGCGCGCGAUUUACUUGAUACAUGCUAUCAAACUUAUAUGAAGCAACCCACAAAAUUGGCACCGGAAAUAUCUUACUUUGCUGUGGGCGCAAAUGAGGAUCUUGAUAUAUACGUCAAACCUAAUGAUGCCCACAAUCUCUUACGUCCCGAAUUUAUCGAAAGUUUAUAUUAUUUUUAUGCACUGACUGGCAAUCACACAUAUCAGGAUAUGGGAUGGAUUAUUUUUCAGGCGUUUGAAAGACAUGCUAAAGUCACACAUGGCUACACAUCGAUUGGUAAUGUUAAAAAUAUUUUUAAUACCAGACUGCGUGAUUUGAUGGAAACGUUUUGGCUGGGUGAGACGCUUAAGUAUUUUUACUUAUUAUUUAGUGAUAAUCCCAAA